AUGGCCACCAGUCGGCAACGUGGUUACGUUCAACCAUUGUCGGGCGGGGAAGAGCAAGGCGGGCCCAUGUCCCCCUACGCGCAGCCCCGCCGAAUGGCCCCCGGCGGAGGGGGAGGAGGAGGGGACGGUCCCCCCGCGCGCAACCCUGGCCGCGGACGCCGCGUAGCCGGCGGCGGCGGCGCACCUCAGGCGCAAUUCACGCGGAUUAACUCGAUGAUCUACCAGCCGUCUCCACAGCAAGAAGAACAACCGGCAGAGCCCCGUUAUAAGCGCACUAUGUCUAUGGUCGCCCCCGCGCCGAACAACAAAACCCCUCCGCGCGGAGUUAGAGCAGCAGGCGCGGGGGGGCCGCAUGCCGGAGGGCCAGGCAUGGGCGCGGGGAGGGGCGGGCGGGGGAAGCUUCCGCACUCAUCGUUCGUGGGCGGACCGGAAGGCGGAAUGCGCAGGGGGGUGGGCGCGGUUGGCGCGGGGGUGGAAGACCCCCUGGCGGACCAGUUCGGGCGGAGCAUGACGGUCGGAACCAAAGCGCCCACUCCGCGCGGACCUGGUGCGGGGAGAGGCGCUGGCGGAGGCGGCGGAGGGGGGCAGUUUGGCGGCGGAGAGCCGGAGAUCGGACGGUCGUUAACGGCCACUGACGGCCGGCACCGGUCGCCGUUAAGACAGAACCCGCACGCGACGGGGGGAAUGGGCGUCGGGGGGAUGAUUACUCCGCGGAGGACCCAGGCGCAGCAGAUGGUGGCAGGCGGAGGGCGCGGGGGAAUGGGCGGAAUGGGGGGGAUGGGGGGCGCGCCGGGCAGUCCGUACCGCCAACGCGCGGGGAGCGGGUUUUCGCAAGGCGGGUACAUGGAGGGAGGGGGAGAGUACGGCGAAGAAAGCGACGGGAUGUACGGCGAAGAUGGUUACCACCAGAACAUGCAGCGUUCGCGAUCCACCGGCAUGGGGGUGAUGGGUGCAGGCGGGCGCAUGGCCAUGGGGGGAAUGGGCGGCGGAAUGCCCCCGCAUGCGCCUGGGGGAAGGGGAAUGGGCGGAAGCGGGCGCAUGAGCAUGGGGGAAGAGCACUACUACACUUCGGACGCGUCGGAAGGGGGGGCCGGCGGGGGCGCGUAUCCGCGCAGCCGGUCGGUGAAUCCGCGCUUAGAGGGCGCGGGGGACGCGGGGGGAAUGGCGGCGCAGGGGAAGGCGGGGAAGGCGGAGGUGGACCCAUCGGAGCUGCCCAUGCUUCCCCCCCCGGGCAGCCCGCAAGUCGUGCAGGUACGCGCUCUCGCUCACUCACUUUCACUGCCUUUCUCUGCUUUCCACUGCUUUCCCUGGCGUCCUUUGCUCUGCUUUCUCUCCUUUUUCAUUCUUUCUUCCUACCUCGCGCGUGCACACAUGCACAAGAAAUUGCCGGUGCUCUCAGCCAUUGGAAGUCCCAGCCCUCCCUCCAGCCAGGAAGGGCAUACAGGAGUUGUGCUGCGUCUCAACUCAACCCCUUUCCCCUCCCUCGCUUCUCCUCUCUACUCUCCUCUCCCCCCCAAUCACCCCCACCAGUGUCAGCGCUGCUCUCAGCUUCUAGAGGUCCCAGCGGCGCUCCCGCCGGCCAAGAAGGGCAUUCAGAAGCUUCGCUGCGGCAAGUGCAUGCGCGUCUCACCCCGUCUCUCUCUUUUCAUCUCUUCUACUCCCUCCUCUCCUUCCUUUCCUUCCCCUCUCUGCGCUCCUCCUCCUCGUCCUUCCUUCCCUUCCCCUCUGCUUGUGUCUCUUCACCCCCACCAGUGCCAGCGCUGCUCCCAGCUUCUAGAGGUCCCAGCAGCCCUCCCGCCGGCCAAGAAGGGAAUUCAGAAGCUGCGCUGCGGCAAGUGCAUGCGCGUCUCACGCUUCCGAGUCAACCCAGCCGACCCACGCUCUGCUGCCGCCGCUGCUGCUGCUGCCGGCGGGGUUAGCGGUGGGGAAGGGUUUUCGGAUAACCCUGACGUGGCAGAUAGCGGAAAUGAGUAUCAGCAGAAUGAUUACAUGCAGCAGCAGCAGCAGCAGCAGCAGCAGCAGCAACACGCACCUCCCAGGUCUCCUAGGCUGUUGCAAGGGUUACCUGGAGGGGGAGGGUUUGGGAGAGGCAUGGGGGGAGGGAUGGGGGGAGGGGGAGGCGGAGGCGGAGGGGGAGCGCCCCCGCUGUCUCCGCGCAUGCAGCGUCCUGGUGGGGGGUUUGGCGGUCAGCAGAUGCACAAUCCAGGUCAGCAGAUGCACAAUCCAGGUCAGCACGGGCGCACGCCGUCCAACGCGGAUUCGGAGAGCACUGUUGUGAUUCGCCAGGAGUCGGCCGGGCGGCACGCGGCCGGCAGUUUCUACCACCACAUGCGGCCAGAAUCAGAAUCGGAUCUGAGCUCCCCUGUUAGCGGAGCAGAGGGGUAUGGGGGCGGAAGGGGAGGCGGAAGAGGGGGAGGCGGGGGGAGGGGGGGAGGCGUGAGCGGACCAAAACGGAUGAUCUACCAGCGACAGAGCAGCUUCGAAUCGGGAGAUAUGUCUUCUAGUGGAGGCAUGCCGAGCCCUUCCCCUCGCGGGGCGAGGGAGGGGGGUGGGAUGGGGGGAGGAGGGGGCAGUGGGGGGGAGGAGCGGGCAACGUUUUCCCGGAGAGUGAUUGUGAAUGGGGAGCCGAUUCGGGAUGACUAUGUUGCUGUGGUGGAGCAACGGGCAGGAAACAUCCACCCAGGCAAUUACUGGUACGACCAGGUCGCAGGGUUCUGGGGCGAGAUGGGCGGCCCAUGCCUCGGCAUCAUUCCACCGGGGAUUGAGUUUGGGACGCCGAUUCCGGUGGACUGUGCUGGAGGUGCCUCGCGGGUGUAUGUGAACGGGAGGGAGCUGCACAAGAAGGACCUGGAUCGGCUUAUGAAGAGAGGGCUGCCCUCGAAGCCCAACAUGUCGUACCGAGUGGAGAUCAAUGGGAGCGUGUAUGAUGAGGAGACGGGUGACUACCUCCUCAGCCUGGGGAAGCUCGCACCCUCGCUGGAAACAAGGAAGCGCGGUGGCGGCAUGAAGCCCUGUCAUUGCCUCCCGUACGCACCCUCCUUUGGCAUCACCUCUUCCGCGCUUUCCCCCCAAAAUCUCCCUCAGUUCCCAUCCCUUCGCCCCCACAUUCCAUUCUACUCGCUCUCAAAUCCCCCCUUAUCCCUCUCAACCCCACUCGCCCUUAUUUCACCCCCUUCUCCCCCUCAGAUCAGCACGUUUCCCCCCCUUCUCACCCUUAUUUUAUCCCCUUUGCCCUCUCAUUUCGGAUUCUGCUCCCACGCAAGGUUGGCCCCCUUCUCGCUUCGAUUCCCCCUUCUCCCUCCUAUCCCUCCCUUCUCCCCCUCAUGUAGCUACAUGAGGCCAUCUCAUCACCCCCUCUCCGCCACCUCAUUUCUAACUCUCAUUUCCUCCCGGCUCUCUCUCUCAUUACCCCCCGCUUGCCCCAUCUCAUUCCGCCUCUUGCUCUCUCUCAGCCCCCCUCCCCUCACCAUCAUUUUCGUUUCUCCCUUGCUCCCACUCAUUACCCCUCUUCUCCCCCACAUGUCCCCCCCUUCUCCCUCUCAUUCCCCCCCUCUUCGCCCUCUCAUUACCUACCUCCCCACCCCCCCCCCUUGCUUCCCUCAUUUUCCCCCCUUCUCCCUCUCUUUCACCCCCCUGAUCCCCUUCAUACAGCCCCAUGCUCCUUCUCACUUCCCCCAAUUCUCCCACUCAUUUUCUCCCCUUCUCCACCACAUGUCCCCCACUUCUCCGGGAAAUUUCCCCCCCUGCUCCUUUCAUUACCCAUUUCGGCUCCCCCUCAUUUCCCCCUGUCUCCCCCCCGUUUCUCCCCCUUCUCCCACUCAUUUCAACCCCUUCACCGACUCAAGUUCCCCCCUCCCAACUCUCAGAUCCCCCUUUUCUCCCUCUCAACCCCCCCCCCCCCCCCCCACCCCCCCCCCCUCUUCUCUAUAUCGUUUCCCUGCUUCUCCCCCUCAUUUACGGGCCAACACGGCUAGGCCGUGGUCUAUCACGAGUGAGCUGCAUACUUCCCCUUCCCUGCCAAUCCAUCCCCCCGUCACUGCCCUUCCCCGACUGCCAUGCCGUUUCCCUACUGCCCUUCCCUUCCCUGUUAUUGCCUUCCCUCCCUCCCCAUUUCGGCUUCACAUCAUCCCUCCCUUCCAGGGUGCGGACGGCGAUACGGCCGAGAAGGCAGUGCAAGGCUGCCUGGAAAAGUACGCUGGAAAGUUUCAGGGGGGGAAGGAUCGCAUGGCCGGCCGACCUGAUGCCCUCGUGGGAGGACAGCCAGCUGCUAUCAGGGGUUUGGUAUAUGCCUUCCCGAUAGAUCAUUGGAGCGAUGAGGAGACUCUACGACGCGACACCACCGUUUUCCGUCAGGGUGGGGCCCGUCGGGGUGCAGCGUAUGCUGAGCUAAAGCAAAAAGCGGGAGAGGCCAACAGCACUGCUGCCACGCCUACGGUGCGCGAUGUGAGCGAGGAGGAAGAGGAGCAGCAUGACGUGGUGAUUGAAAUAGAUGAUGAAGUUCCGGUACAAGUUGGAGAUGUCCAAGUGGAGAUCGAUCUUGAGAUGGGAGGAGGGAGUGGGCAGCCCACUGCCACAUCUGGCAAAGAGGACGGACACACACACGAAGUGUAA